AGUUACGCUUUAUCGUUGUUUGCGAACGUUGUGUUCUCAAGUUGUUAAAAGUGUUAAAGAGUGUUUUUAAUUUUUGUUUUUAUUUUAUCAUGUCUGCUGGUUCUUCAGGUGUUCACCGAGACGUGACGAGGUUGAGUUUAUUCGAACUUCUUUUAGAUAAUUCUUUGUUAUCUCGGGCAACUACAGUUGCUUCAAGGAAAAAAAUGCUUGACUAUGUAAAUCAUAGAAUACCAGACAUUCCUGAAGAAGUCAUUUUAAACAAAAUUUCAUGGUUUUCUAAUAAUCUCCUGGUUCGUUGGAAAGCUAGUGGGAAAAAUAAGAAAAAUUUUUUGAAGCAGAAUGAGGACUGGCUGAAUCAUUCAAUACAUAAUACUGUUGAACCACAUCCAAGUGAAUUUGUUUGUACAACUAAAAGAAAAUUAAGGCCUAUGAAAGGGUUUGAUACACUAAGCACUAGAUCCAAAAGGAGACGUACAAAAAAAUUGGUGUUAAACCAUAGCGUAGAAGAGCUUAAUUUUGCAUCAAGGACCAGUUUUAUAAAAUCAGGCAAAAGAAAUUUGGCUUAUGUUAUAAAAAAAGCUACAUUUUCCAGUCCUCGGUCGCUAAGAAGGUUAAAAAAUGUGCGCGGAUCAAAAAGUCCGGUGAAAAAAUAUACAGCUGAAGAAACCCUUGCUCUCAUAGUUGAUGCUAAAUUGACCAAAUCACAGUAUUUAAAAUUGAAAAAAAGUGCAAAGAAUAAUAAUUGUGACAUAUCCUUCUUACGAUGAUGUACUAAAAGCAAAGAAAGAGUGUUACCCGGAAGGCAUAAAUGUAACAGAGACUAAGGGGGAGAGUAAGUUACAAUGUCUCCUUGAUCACAUUGUUCGUCGUUUAGCUGUUGUCCAGGAAGUAGUAUUUUCUCAAGUUAUAAGUGAAAAAGGUAUUACAGUUUUUCACAUGACUUAUAAAUGGGGGUUUGAUGGAAGUUCAAAUCAUUCUAUGUACAAACAGAAAUUUCAGGAAAGUUGUGAUUUAGUAGAUUCAGACUUGCUGUUAACAUCGAUAGUGCCACUUAAGUUAACAACACAACAGUUUGAGUCAGAAGAGAUUGUAUGGCUUAAUCCACGUUCAUCAUCUACUCGAUUUUGUGUACCUAUUAAAUUCGAAUUCAUAAAAGAAACACAUGAUAUAAUAAUGCGAGAAAAUAAUUAUGUCGAGGAACAAAUAGCUUCGCUCUUACCAACAAUUGUAAAUGUCCGAGAAGAAAUUGUUACUGUCCAGCAUACGUUAUUAAAAACUAUGUUGGAUGGAAAAGUGGCCAAUGCUCUAGCAGAAAAUCCUUCCACACAGAGCUGCUAUAUUUGCAAAACUAAACCAAAAGAUAUGAACAAUUUAAGGGCAGUUUUAAAAAAACCUUGCAAUUUCUCUACUUUUCAGUAUGGUCUGUCGACGCUGCAUGCACAUAUUAGAUUCUUUGAAUGCAUUUUGCAUAUUGCUUACCGACUAGAUAUAAAAACAUGGCAGGUUAGAGGUGUCCAAAAUAAAGCCAUUUGUGAAGCAAAAAAGAAAGAAAUAAUAUCAAAAUUUCGGCAAGAAACUGGACUUCUCAUAGAUACAAUUAAUCAAGGUAGUGGUAAUACCAAUGAUGGUAACACUGCCAGAAAAUUCUUCAAAGACCCUGAGAAAUCCGCUCAAAUUACAAAUGUAGACGAAACUUUAAUUAGGAGAUUUGCAACCAUUUUACAAGCCAUAUCAUGUGGUUAUCAAUUAAAUAGCGAAAAUUUUAGAGAAUAUACUCUGAAAACUGCCGAACAUUUUGUGAAAUUAUACGAAUGGUAUAAGAUGCCAGCUAGUGUCCAUAAAAUAUUAAUACAUGGAACUGACGUAAUUGAUACUCUUUUACUUCCGAUUGGUCAGUUAAGCGAAGAAGCUUUAGAAGCAAGACAUAAGGAGUCCCGUUAUUAUCGACAACAUAACACACGCAAGAUCGGAAGAAAAGAAAAUAUAGAAGACCUUCUUCAUGCGUUAUUAUUAUCUUCAGAUAUGGUUAUUUCGCAUUUAAGACCAUUGCCGAAAAGAAAAGUAAAUCAUCUAUCUAAAGAAGUUUUGGGCUUACUUCGUGCACCAGAAAUUAGCCCUCAAACACCUUCAAUGUCAGUAGAAGAAGAAGAUUCGGAUACUUCAUGCUCUAGUAGCCCCGAAAGUGACAAUGACGUUUUUGAGUAAUGUAAAUUUUUAUUAAUAAUUUUAUUAUUUUUUUUUGGACUCUAGAUAUGCAACUAUUUUAAAUUUGUUUAUAAUUCGCUAUUACUUUGGGUUUUUUAAUAAUUGUAUUUUAUUUAUUUUUGUUAGAAUUCUGUGAUUUAUUUUAAUUGAUUAUUGAAAACAAAUUCCUAAGAAAAAUAAAGAAAAAAGUUCCUUUUUAUUGUAACUUAUGCAUUACCCUUAUUGCGGCUGGCUAAAUAUAACAUAAUUAUGAAACACCCUGUAUAAUUGAACGAGAUUAAUAUUAACUAUUUUCGUGAUGUUAUCUUAACAAUUUGUGGCCGUGACUUGUUCUUAAUAAAUUGCC